UUAUAGCCUGCAUGCUUUUUAUAUAUUCUUACAAAACUUGUAAGUUUACACUUUACUCAUUGCUCACCAGAGACAAAGUGCUGAUUGGAAUAGGCAGUUGAAGGUUUCUCUUAUUUAUCCUUCUUUCUUUCUUGAUUUCUGUGUCAAUGACUUUGGUAGGAAAUUCUUUCAGGGCUAAACAUGGGUCUUCUUAUCAAACUUCUCUCUGGCUCAGAGCAGUUGAUGUAAAACCUCUCCCACAGAUUUUUGUCUCCACCUUUAAGGUCUGGAUGGCUUCUUGAGCAUGCCCUGCCAUCUGCCCUGUGCUGUCAGCCUGCUCCCUCAAUUCCUGGACACCAAACAUCCACCAGCACGAUUUGCCCUAAGUUAUUUUUGUGCACACUUCAACACUGCACCUUCUUGGGAUGAAUCCUCCUGUAAAAAAAUUCAGAAACUCUCUGCAAUGUCCUCCGAGUCUUGCAAUGCCACAGCACACCUAGCAAGACCUAGCUACUGACCAGAUGAUGAAUGACACUUGGUCCUGAAAGGAAAGAUGUGUGCCAAAGACUUUACAAAUAGGGUGAUGGGUGCAGGUAUGGGUGUUGACGUCUUUGAAAUGGGCCUUAAAGUCUCUACUGACUUUGGGCAGCAGGUUUGCUAGCAGGCCCGGACAGCUUGGCUCCUGAGAUAGGCAAGGGUCUGCACAAGGCUGAACUUCUGUGGUAAAACGCCAGGCUCAAGGGGGGAUAUGGGCUGGGCGGUUUGGGAAGGCUGCACCCUCCAGGUACCUCAGCAGAGCGGACAGGAACAGGGCACCGUGCUGCCAGGAGUUAGGAUAAAAGGGAGGCUGAGUCCUCUGAAACCCCGAGAGAGAAAACCCCGCAGCUCUGUGCCCCGCUGGCCUCUCUCUCUUUAUUCGAAUAAAGUUAAAGGAUUCCUCUGUCUCCUUUUUGGACAUAAACCUCUGGCGUUUUGGACUUUCCUGACAGUCCCCAAGAGUGACUUCAAUAAGGGAAGUCUGGAGGCUCCCCCGGGACAGCCGCGUCCGGAGCCGCCAGCUGUGGGGCGAACCCGCGGAGCGGAGCUGGCAGCACUAACCCUGACGGUGCUGACACCCCGAUUUCGCUGCGAACCGCCGCUCCGGGACGACCCAGCCGCUCCGCAGCGGCCCCAGCCGCCCCUCAGGCCGUGGCAGCUCGGGGGCGGGCGGCAGGAGGGAGGGAGGCGUGCGUAGAACGGCUCUGAGGGCGCAUGAGCGAGGUGCGCAGCAGGCUGCGGGCAGCUCCGCGGCCGGCCGGGGCAGCCUCCAGCGCCGCAGGAGCCCAGCCCGGGCCGCUCCCGCAGGACUGCCUCUGAACCACAGUCCAGAAAGAAGAAACAAUCCUCUUGGUUGAACAUUUGUCUCUAAGAGGAAGAACAAAGCCAUGCCAGUGCUUUCAGAAGACUCAGGGUUGCAUGAAACUUUGGCCCUUUUGACGUCUCAGUUAAGACCUGAUUCAAAUCAUAAAGAGGAAAUGGGAUUCCUUAGGGAUGUCUUCAGUGAAAGAAGUCUCAGCUACCUGAUGAAGAUUCAUGAAAAGCUCCGUCAUUAUGAAAGACAGAGUCCAACUCCUGUUUUACAUAGUGCAGCAGGAUUAGUUGAAGAUGUAAUAGAAGAGUUGCAGACAGCACCAGUGAAUAAUGAAGAAAAAGAGCUGCUUCAGCUGUUGUCAACACCACAUCUCAGGGCAAUGCUUGUAGUACAUGACACAGUAGCACAGAAGAACUUUGACCCAGCUCUUCCACCUCUACCUGAUAAUUUUGAUGAUGAUUUUGAUGAGGAAUCAGUGAAAAUUGUUCGGCUAGUGAAAAAUAAAGAACCCUUGGGAGCUACCAUCAGAAGAGAUGAGCACACAGGAGCUGUGAUUGUAGCAAGGAUCAUGAGAGGUGGUGCAGCUGAUCGCAGUGGUCUUGUCCAUGUUGGAGAUGAACUAAGAGAAGUCAAUGGUAUUACUGUGCUUCACAAACGACCAGAAGAAAUAAGUCAGAUUUUGGCUCAGUCUCAAGGGUCAAUAACAUUGAAGAUAAUUCCAGCCAUCAAAGAAGAAGAUCGUCUAAAAGACAGCAAGGUGUUUAUGAGGGCACUUUUCUGCUAUAACCCCAAAGAAGACAGAGCCAUUCCUUGCCAGGAGGCCGGGCUGCCGUUCAAACGACGCCACGUGCUGGAAGUUGUGAGCCAGGAUGAUCCCACGUGGUGGCAAGCCAAGCGUGUUGGGGAUACCAACCUCAGAGCAGGCUUGAUCCCCUCAAAACAGUUCCAAGAAAGACGUCUGACUUACAGGAGAACAACAGGCACUCUGCAGAAUACCAGAACUCUGAAGAAACCAUUAUAUGAUCAGUCUUCUGACAAAGAAGACUGUGACUGUGAAGGAUAUUUCAAUGGACACUAUAUAGCUGGUUUACGCAGGAGCUUUAGGUUAAGUCGUAAAGAGAAGGAGAACAAUGGCAAUGAAGGCAAGCAAGCAGAGCAGGCAGAUGGAGCAGAGUUCCUCACAUAUGAAGAAGUCACAAAAUAUCAGCAACAGCCUGGUGAACAGCAGAGGCUGGUGGUUUUGAUUGGUUGCUUGGGGGCCAAGUUAAGUGAGCUCAAGCAAAAAGUUGUGUCAGAGAACCCCCAGGAGUAUGGUGUUGCAGUUCCACAUACAACCAGGUCAAGGAAAAGUCAUGAGAGAGAGGGAGUAGAAUACAAUUUUGUUUCUAAGCAAUCAUUUGAGACAGAUGUGCAGCAAAACAAAUUUGUGGAACAUGGAGAGUACAAAGAAAAUUUGUAUGGCACAAGUCUGGAGGCAAUCCGGUCUGUGAUGGCCAAAAAGAAGGUUUGUUUGGUGGAUGUGGUACCUGAAGCAGUGAAGCACUUGAGGACUCCUGAGUUUAAGCCUUAUGUUAUCUUUGUGAAGCCUCUCAUUUCAGAAAAGAAAAAACAUGUCUUAAAAUCUCACAUGUCAGAAGAAAUCUCAUCCCCCCUCCAGGAUGAAGAACAGCAGGAAAUUAUUAAUUCAGCAGCAUUCAUUGAAGAGCAGUAUGGCCAUUUAAUUGAUACUGUACUGGUGAAAGAAGAUCUCCAGAGUGCAUGUAAUGAGCUGAAAACUGUGUUAGAUAAACUAAACAAGGAUUCAUUUUGGGUACCAGUCAGCUGGGUUAGGUCAUAGCUUGUUACCAUGUUUAAGAGAAAGACUGUAUAAAAAUGUUUUGUAAAUACAUGGAUUAGAAAAGGCAACUACAUUGAAUUUGCUUUAAAACUGCUGAUCUUACCUAGAAGGCAAUAAAUAAAGACUGUAUGAGGAAACACUAAACAAAGUCACAAGCUGACACUGCCUUUCUGAGUCAAAAUUUUGAAUAGCAGCUGUCAUUUAGACGUUGAUAUUCAGAUCAAAUAAGCCAGUCCAGUCUUGUACUGAUCUUUAGACUGGAAAUUGUGCAUUUUGUUACAGUGGUGUUUCAGAGGGUCCCACACUUCCAGAGCACUUUGUGCUGAGACACUGACAAGAUGGAAGCUCUGUCCUUUGGCCACAAUUCUAGCCAUAAAUUUUGUGGCUAGAUUUAAAACUUCAGAAUAAAGUACCCUUGGGAAUAAUCUCCCUCAGCUGGGUGGAAAGUGUUCUUUGGAGAGAGGUUACACCAUGCCAUUUACUCAGAAGUUCAACUGGCCAGCAAAACACGCUUCCCUUCACACAGAAGCAUUAAUUGCAAAUCCUUCAGUUAGGCACUAAAAACCAGGCCAGCUACAGAAGGGUUUUUUUAUGUCCAUCACAUUUCCCAGUACUCCAAGUUGUCUUGCACAGGUCACAGGUGUUAGUCUGCUCAGCCACAGCUUAUGCCCACUUUCCCAGUCACAAAUGCUGAACAACCUGGGAGUGUGCCUGUAUGAGUGGCCAGCUCAUAAAACAGAUUUUUACAGUGUACAUGAAAACAACUGCUUAUGGCUCUAAAACAGGACAGCUAAGAAGCUUUGUUCCUGCAAAACAUCUUUGCCUGUGCUACCUGGUGGGACAGCCUUGACACCAAUGGAACAGCUCCAAAAAGGGCACUAAAAGGAGCUACAGGUCAAAAUCAUCAUCCUUCCAGCAUUUAUGACUACGUCUGUUCCAAAUCUGGUAAAGGUUUCCAGAGCACCUAAUUGGCUGAAGAAGAAAACUGGUAGAGGACCUUGUAUAUAUUUGAGGAGACUUGAAUAUACAGUAUUUUUGAGUGGGUCUUAGGAAGAUGCAGAGAUGAUUCUGUAGCUGUGCUUAAUACUUGGGGGAUUUAAGGGGAGAGCAUUGUACAGGUGCAUGUUAGCUGCAACUACUUCCUGUUUUCACUUGCCUGCUGAGAUCUAAUAUUUCCUGUGUGUUGUGCCCUUUAAAGAAGACCUUUUGGUGUACCAGUCUUGUUCCUUAUAUCUGAACAGAUGAUGUUAUUCUUGUUCCAUGACAUUUAGCAGAACUAAAAAUUGCAUAUUAAAAGCACAUUUCUUACA